UAUAUGAAGUCACACCUCCAUCUUUAGGCUCUGGGAGCUCCUCCACUUGGAGCUGAAAGUUGCUUUCCUUGGGGAAGCCUUCAAAAUGUUUGGUAAGGAUCCACCUCUUAGCUUGAACCAUGAUUCCACUUUUGACUCAGCACUAAAGAGCAUAACACAAAUAAACUGUAUCCAACACAAAUUUGUUCAGCAAUGCAUGCCAAUGUAAAACCAAAAGGUUUGUCAGUUGCGGGGGAUUUCAUGCUACAUAACGUUACAUAAUAAUUGCAGCAUACUGAUAAUUGCCAUGGUGGAGGAAAUCCUGAAAGGAGAAUGCAUGUUUUCAUCAUCUUGCACAAACAAACACGCCUGCUUGCAUACGGAUUGUGUGGAAAAUGUCGUCUACCACAAUAUAUUUAUUUAUAAAAGUGAGUUUAGCGGGUGCUUUAAAAAUACAGUAUUAAUACCAUGGAUUUCACACUGCAAACGUACUACCACUCCAACAAGUCACAAAUAAACAUGAUCAUUCUGUUUUUUUCAUACGCUAUUCUUUUUUUCUUACCUUUUACUUCUGUCGGCGGAUGGUGGUAGCAGUUAUAAAGUUUAAAUCCAGGACUGGGGCGCUUUUGUGGCAAAAAGAAGGGGCGGAAGACAAAAUGUUCAAACCGCAUCUGAUUGGUUGAAAAGGUUUUGCGUCAUCAUCUCCGGCCCCAGUCCUUGUAUGAUGACGUAGUAGGUUUGAAGUUGGGCGCGGGCUAAGCGGUUGACGUGAGUUGCUAAGCUAGUGGAAGCGAGAGAAAACUGAAUUAUUUUCAAUGGAGAAACCCAACAGUGGUCAACUUUCCCAGGCGGCCCAAAGGAUCCUAGCUGUUCUCCAGGACCAGAGUAGAGCAGCCAGACGUGGACACUCUGGGAGGUAUCCUAGCAACCAGAGGGCGGCGUGUGCUCCCAGCACCAAAAAUGAGGAAGCAAGGAUGGAUGGAUGCUGCUCCACAAGUACCCUCCUCAUUAUCCCUCCUCCAAAAGAUGAGAGCUUGGAUACUUUAUUCCCCAGUUCUUGUCGCAAUGUGGAUCCCACUCUCAAACUAAGCUUUGGGAGUAUUCACAACGCAUGUACUGCAGAAUGCCCUGUGCCAAUGCCGCUGCAUGGGAAUGCCCAGCAGCAAACGCUGAGGGAAAGACAAGAAGCAGAACUGGAGGUUGACACUGGAAGCAGCACAGCCAUGUCUCGCCUUCCAAACAUGUCAUUGCAAGACUCCAAAGCCCUAGAUGGACAACAAUGCAGCAGUCAGCCUUCAUCCCAGAAUCCAGUUUUGCCUGUCUCCUUGAAGAGGACGCUUGAGUUGCUUCACAAUGAAAUCCCUACCCCCAAAAUCUGCCGGCGUAUGCCCCCUUCCUCUCAGCAUCCAGCAACGUCAUCCAUGGAAGCAUCAACAAACCACUUGCGUAAACCGCCACAGAAGACAACUGGUCUGUGUGCUCUGCAACAAAAACAUCGGGUCAAUGACUGUGCUCCUAACAACUCAAAACCAGGCUGGCUGGCCACUAUCUUGACCUCGGAACCUAAAGUGAAGGAUGCAGAGACGCUGAAACUAGAUGAGAAAAGACAAAUGUUUGAGAUGGUUCGGCAGGCUCGUGCACUACUGCUGACCAUGGUGUACCGAGAUGGGAGCACUCAGUUACACUCAGGGCCUAAGGUCACUCUGCCAGUGUGCGGCCUCCUCCUACUUCUUAAGAAUGAUCUGGACAGCAGCAAACAGCAGGACUCACUCAGCCACAAAGACCUACUGCUCUACCUAAAAAUGGACAGCACCCCGACAUGGGCCCAACAACAUGCGGACCACAUGCACAGGACUUUCACCAGAGACCUGCUGCUACAGGUGCUGUCUCGAUCCCGAGUGGCUGUGUGCUACAAAGCCAAGGAUAUGCUUUGCAUGGCUCUGCAGCUGUACAGACAGGACAUAAGCUGGAAACAAGUGUCAGGUUGGCAUAUCCAGGACCCUCAAGUGUCAGGGUGGCUCCUGGACCCUGCAGAUCCUUGCUCCACCUACCAGGACCUUCUUAACAAACAUUUAAGGGCAUCACAUUCAGCACCUGCCCAGAGUAUUGCACAGGUCGUCUCUGACCUCUGCUCCCUCUACUGGCUCAACGUGGAGCUGUGUUCUAAACUCCAGAGCCGUGGUCUUUGGAAGCUGUACUCAGACGUGGAGCUGAACAUGAUUCCUGUUCUGGCAGCAAUGGAGAGCUAUCACAUUCAUGUGGACAAAGAAGUUAUUAAGAAAAUGUCACGCCUGCUGGGGGCAAAGAUGAAGCAGUUGGAGCAAGAGGCCCAUCGAGCUGCUGGACAGAUGUUCCUCAUUACCAGCAACACUCAGCUGAGAACCGUUCUGUUUGAAAAGCUGCGUCUUCAUGAGCGCUGUAAAAACAAGAGGCUUCCCAGAACUCUCAGCACACAGCAGCAAUCCACAUCGGAAGCCACACUGCUGCAGCUUCAGGAUCUGCAUCCUCUGCCAAAGAUUAUUUUAGAAUACAGACAGGUCCACAAAACCAAAUCUACUUAUGUUGAUGGGAUCCUUUCAAGCAUGAUGGGAAAGGACUACAUUUCUUCCACAUGGUCGCAGACCUGUGCGGUGACAGGCAGAAUCUCCUCAAAGCACCCAAACUUCCAGGCCCUCCCAAGACAGCCGCUGAGGAUCAGCAAGAGACAAUACAUACACGGAAAUGAGGAAGAGGUGGUGACUGUUCAUCCUCGGGCCAUGUUCAUUCCUCAAGACGGCUGGACCUUUGUUGCUGCAGACUUCUGCCAAGUCGAGCUGCGACUCCUGGCGCACUUCUCCUCUGACCCUGAGCUACUCCGCAUCUUUAUCAAUCCUGGUGCCGACAUCUUUGCCAUGCUGGCCUCUCAGUGGAAGGGGGUGACGGAGCAAGAGGUGACCUCAGAGGACCGGGAACACGCCAAACACAUUGUGUACUCGCUUGUCUAUGGAGCAGGUCGUGAGCGCCUGUCCACCAUCUUGGGUGUGAGCAUGGAGCAGGCCAUUCAAUUCCAAAACGCCUUCCUCCAGACUUAUGGAGAAGUACAAUCCUUUAUCCAGACCACCAUCCAGCAGAGCCACAAACAAGGUUAUGUGUGUUCCAUCAUGGGCCGUCGGCGCAUUCUGCAUAAUAUCAACUCUUCAAACUGGGGGAUUCGCAUGCAGGCAGAGAGGCAGGCGGUCAACUUUGUUCUCCAAGGAUCUGCCGCGGACCUCUGCAAGAUGGCCAUGAUCCGAGUCUUCAACCUGGUCUCCUCCUCCAGUUUACUUUCUGCGAGGCUCAUAGCCCAGCUCCAUGAUGAAUUGCUGUGUGAAGUGGAGGAGUCGCAGGUGCAAGAGUUUGCAGCUCUGGUGAAGAGCACUAUGGAGUCCCUUCAGCACAUAGACCAUCUCGGAAUCCAUCUCAAAGUUCCCCUGAAGGUGGCAGUCUCCAGUGGCAAGUCUUGGGGUUCCAUGUCUGAGCUUCACAUCCCUCCAACUGCUCCUUUCUUCUAGCGCCCGCUUACCAUUUUGCUAUCUCCUCCUCUUUCACUCUCCAUUUUCUUCAUCAUUCAAUAUCUUCACAGAAUCGCUCCGCCUGUGUGUCUCGCCUCAUUCGUCCUGCAUCCACAUCGCCAUGGAAACACGGCAGCUGCGGCUCCUUGCCGCUCACAGUACUUUUUUUUUUCACUUCGUCCGUAUCCGGGGGCAACGGCAUCAGCUACAGACAGGAUUGCGCCAGUUCUUUCUCUACCUCUCUGUCUUCUCCAUUUGCACUCUUUCUUGUUGAGACUGUUGCUCUCGCCUCGUUGCCAAUUUGGUGAAGAUACACGUUGAAAGAGUGAUAUUUACAUAUCAUAUAUUUGGACACAAAGCAAUUGUUUAUUUACUAUUGUAUGCUUAAUAAAGCAUGCUUUUCCAACUUUCCAUAUCUUACAUAGACUCUUCAAUUGUAGCUCCUCUCCCCCUCCCACACUCUCGGACCCCCUUUGUCUUGUUUCAAGCCCCUCACACACACACACAUUCCACAAAUAGCCGUACACAUGCUCACACACAUUUCGCACACACGCCCACGCUUUUCAUCCACCAUGAAUGCGCUCACACAGGCUUGCAGGCACACUGACCGAGUUUCCUUAUCCAAGGCUCUCUUUUAUACUGUCAAUUAAGACCCUUUAUGUCCAUGCAACCAUCACCACACACCCUGUUCUGUUUAUUUAAAAUGCUGGCUGCUGCUGCUGCUGCUGUUGCUGUAAAACUACUUUCCACCAGUUCCAGGCUUGCCAUGUGCGACCAUGCUGAUGGGCCGGACAGUGUUAUGGAAAUCUGCUCCUCUAUUCUCUCAUUGUUCUGUUGGUUUAAGGGUGCGCGGCCUUGCCCCCCUCAUCCCCCACCCCCUGCCGAGGGGAGCGUGAGACCGGUAUGCGCAAGUUCAAGAGGGGCUCUCUGCAUUUAUUGUCAAAGUCUGUCCGCAGGUAAAA